AUGCCUGUGGAGCACGAUGCUGAUGACUUGGCCCUUCCGGGCGAGGCUCUUGAAGACGACGAGAAUCUGAGGCUGGAGAUCAACAUUGACCGGGAAACUUGGAAUCGGCACAUCACGACCAACCACGGGUUCAACAUCCAGUAUACAGUGUUGAAGAAUCGCUACCAAAAGAAGUGCAAAUCUUGCUUGCCCUUCCGAGCACAAUCUGAAUUUGCUGAGUGCAACCAGUGCUUCGAUCUCAAGCAGGAAAUCAAGGCCGAGAAGGAUGUUUCCAAGAAGUUCGGCCUCAUUCGCGAUUACAAAGAGCAUUUGCGGGCGGUUGGUUUCGAUCGUGAGCUCGAGCAACAUUUGGAAGGAUUGGACCCGCGCAACAGCGAUGCUCCUAUUCUGCUUUUGCAAUUUGAUGAGAUGGAUCAAGCGAAGUGGUCAUUGCCAAGAUACCCCGAAAAUCGAGGAUCCAAGACCCUACAACAGUAUGUGCGACCCCGCUUGAAGGUUGUGGGGGUUUGGGCUUCAAAAUACUUGCUGACCCUCUACCUCGUCGAUGCAAUCAUUGCCCACGAUGCCUCACUUACAGUGGAGGCUGCAAGUCUGGUAGACAACCUCAAAGUCCGAAAGGCCUUGCCUCCGACCCCAAUCACUAAGUAA